AUGUUGAUUGACGGCGAGAAAUGGGCGUGCGAUGCUUGUAUCCGGGGCCAUCGCGUUAGCACCUGCAACCACUCGGAUCGCCCCCUGAGCCAUAUCAACAAGAAAGGCCGGCCGGUGUCGCAAUGUCCUCACUGUCGUGGGCUACGCAAGGCCCGGACAAGCCACGCAAAGUGCGAGUGCGGCGAGAAACCACACAGCAAGGCGGAGUGUCCGCUGAACGGAACUGCUGCUGAUGGCCAGAAAACUGCAGGCGGCCGAAAGCUGUGCUGCUGCGGACACGGCGGCCGCUGUACCUGUGCAUCCAAGCGAGACUCGAACCUCGAGACCGUGCCAGAGACCGGUCCCGUUGCAGCACGACGGUCGACUGUCUCCGGCGUCAAGAGGCCGCAUAUCACUACUUCUAAGAAGCAGAAGGAGGCCAGCAAGCGGGCUCACCCAUACCCGCUGCCUCGCUCCAGGACCAUCCAUGGGACCGCCGAUCUGGCUCGCCUGUCGAUGGACCACCUGAACGACGGAUACAGCUCGCAGAACGUCUCCUCGUACCCCGAUCUGGUCACCAGUGCCCCUCGCCCGGUACGGAGAGUCAAGUCCGAGAACGGCUCCCCGGUCUCAGAGGUGUCGGACAUGAAGGCACAGCUCUCCCUCGACAUCCCCUACCAGCACUUCCCCGACCAGAUGGGCCUGUCAAUGCCCAUCGUGGACUACCCACAGCAGUCUCCAGGCCUGUACUACCCGUCGGAUAUAGACUUUGGCUUUGAUGCGGCCAUCUCCAACGGGCCGUCCAUCGACUGGUCGACCUUUGACCUGCCGUACGGUUCGGACGCAUACACUGCAACCUACAGCCAGCCAGCCUCCUAUGCCAGCUACGACUACAACAACAACAACAACAACAACACCUCCACCGCUACCACCACCUUUGGCCAUCCCGGCCUCGCACGCUCCUCGUCCGGAGACACCUCUGACGCCGACGACCUGCUGCCCAUCGUCGGCACGGGCUCCGAGGCCGGCAUGUACCACCUGGGAAGCACACCGCCUUCCCACCUCGACCUGCCCACCCAGUUCGCCAUGUCUCAGACCUACGAGCCUGCUGCCAUUGAACCGGUCCUCCACGCAGCAAACGACAGCAUCGAUCAGACUUCUGCCUCUGCGUCUGUCUCUGUCUCUGCAGAGGCCGCCCCGCUUCCAGCCGAGCUUGGUCACCACUACCAUCACCAGCAGUCGACGCAGACGCAGACGCAGGCCCAGACAGCCCAGACUUAUCCUGCCAGCGGGAACAGCUUUGUCGACGCCAGCAACGCUGCCAUGCUCAUCCCGCCUGCCGCCUACACGUCUGCCGGGGCCAACGAGCCGCUGUGGGUUUCGACCGCCUACCCUGCCAUGAUGUCUCCCGUCUCCGUCUCCAUCCCCGACCAACACCACCACCACCAACAUCAUCAUCAGCAACAGCAACAGGCUCAGCUGUGGACUCAGUGA